AUGGUAUCAUACUCAAUGUUAUCAACUUUGGCUUUAGCCUCUGAUGCACUUGCUGGUGACGCACCAAUUACAGAUGAUUCAGAGGGUGAAAAUUCAUAUAUUGCAACUUUUAGAGCAACAAAAACUUCCAACAUUUCAGGGUUCAUUUCUUUUGAGCCAUCAAAAAAUGGAUCAGUAGUAGUUUCGGUUGAUAUUUCGGGUUUACCAUCGACAGGAGGUCCAUUCCCCUAUCAUAUCCAUGAAGCUCCAGUUCCAUCAAAUGGUAGUUGUGCAGGUACAAAAUUACAUUUAAAUCCUUAUUUAGGUUCAGUCAAUGCAACUACUCCUCAAGGUAAAGAAGUUGGUGAUUUAGCAGGUAGACAUGAAGAUAUACAAGGUCUCUCUUAUCAAACAAAAUAUGUUGAUGAUUAUAUUUCAUUAAAUCCAAAAUCAAAAUCUUUUAUUGGUGACUUAUCAAUUGUUAUUCACUCAAAAAACAAUUCAAGAUUAAAUUGUGCAAAUACCACCGAGUUUAGCGUUGAAUCAAGUUCAGUCAAUAAGACCAAUGGUACCACAACUUCUUCAAGUUCUGUUGGUGGAAAAACUUCUGCUGCUGUUUCAACUGUCGUUGGUGGUGCUAAUGGACAAUUUGAAACUGGUGCUGGUUUAGUUGUAGGAGCAAUUGCUGGUGUUGCUGCAAUGCUAAUUUAG